CCAGGCCGCCUGUAUCUCGCAGGGUACAAUGAGCGACUUCAGCGAGAAGAAUGAUCUUGAUGCUGAGAAGUACAGCCCUGAGGAGAGGGAUGCGCGAGACAAUGAGAUCGCUUCCGUCGAUGGGGCCAUAGAGACACGGCUCGUGAGACGUAUAGACCUUCGUUUCGUUCCGGCUUCUAUGCUCAUCUAUGUGUUGUGCUUCUUGGACCGUUCAAACAUCGGCAAUGCGAAGCUAUUGAACGCCUCCACGGGAAACUCGCUCGUUCAAUCAAUUCACAUGUCCGACCAACAGUAUCUGGUGGCCCUCAUGAUAUUCAUUGUCGCCUAUACAUUAUUUGAGACGCCAUCAAACUACAUGCUGAAGAAAUUCCGCCCAAGUCGAUGGAUCGCCUUCCUUAUGAUAGGAUGGGGACUUAUGACUAUGAUCCUCGGCGCAGUUCGCAACUUUGCUGCACUUGUCGUGGUUCGUUUUCUUCUCGGAACAUUCGAAGCUGGCCUUUUCCCAGGCAUGAUCUACUGCCUGACGUUCUGGUACAAGCAGGACGAGCGUGCUCUCCGGGCUGCUCUAGUUUCUGCCAGUGCUACUCUCGGCGGUGCUUUCGGGGGUGCAAUAGCGUACGGCAUUGGUCACUUAAAUGGUGUCCGCGGUUUGGAAGGAUGGCGCUGGCUUUUCAUAAUCGAAGGUGCUCCAUCUUGCGCGUGCGCCGUCCUCGUCUUCUUCCUGUACCCCGACUUCCCGGAGACGGUGAGCUGGCUAUCCGACGAGGAGCGCAAUUUGGCCAUUGAACGGAUUAAGGGCGUCUCCUCCCUCGGACACGCGAAGAUAACCUGGAAAGAAGCAAAGUACACUCUCAUAGACUGGCGACUCUAUCUACACUAUCUCGCCUAUAUCUCGAUCUCAGUACCAUUCUCGAGCAUUUCCCUGUUCUCGCCUACCAUCGUAUCCGGCCUGGGCUACGAAGGCCUGAACGCCCAGCUGUUCACUGUACCGCCAUACGCUAUCGCGUUUGUCACGACCGUGUUCAUCUCGUGGCAGUCAGAUAAGCACAACAUGCGAUCAUGGGGUGCUUUCUUUUGUAUGGUUAUUGCAGGCGUCAGCUUUCUUGUACAAGGUGCUUUGCCAUCGCACGCCUUCAAGGCACGAUAUGGCUUGCUGUGUGUUGCGGUGGCCUUCUCUUUCUCCAGCGUCGCGCCGCUCCUCAGCUGGCUCAUGGCCAAUCUCCGAAGCACUGGAGCCUCGACUCUUUCGGUGCCGCUUACCGUCUCAUUUGGCCAGAUAGGCCAGAUUAUUGGUGUUUAUAUCUACAAGAGUUCAGAAGCGCCUGGUUAUCCGACCGGGCACUAUACGAAUGCCGCGUUCCUUCUCGCAGGCGCGCUGGUGGUGCUACUGUUGCGCUGGAUAUAUGUCGGGCGGAAUAGAAGACUGCUUCCUGGUGAACGGAAGUGGCUACUAUAGCAGUGCUCUUGACAACUUCGC